UCUGUACCAAUACAGCACAGCACAAUCCGUGCAUCUGACUAGACUAUGGUGGCAGUUUGCACAUAUGGAUCUCUAGAGAGCGAGCUUGCAGAAACGUGUGCGGUACGAAUGCACCGCACCGACAAGACGAACUGAUUUCCGAUUCCAACUUCUGUAACUGUGGUCAUCAUCGUAGUCGUCGUCGGGAGCUCGGAAAUGAGGAACGAAGCAAUUUCCUUAGCAGUACCGGUUCUGCUCCUGAUGGCCGUCCACAUCCAGGUCCAGGCAGCGGUGGAUAUAUUUUCCGGAAUGGAUGCCACCACGACGGAGCUGCCAACGGGUGGUCAAGACGUGGACGCAGAGCAGCUGGAACAAGGGCCGCAAACGUGCAUUGCUGAUGUCUAUUCGAAGAAACCGAUUAAGUUCGAUGAGAGUGCUCUCUCGUUAGACUCGAUAAGCAGCGCGGUGAAGACAUUUCCGAAACCACCUCCCAUGCCUAAGCUUCCGCAGACGUGGGCUCGCUUCACGAAUAUCUUCCAGUUGCCUCGGUUCUCGGAGAUGGGUCAGGAGUUCAAGGCGAUAAUCGAUCAGUACCGUGCGGUGAUCCAGAUCUACGUGAACCAGUGGAUGGGAUUCUUCAAGCAACGCUACCAGACGGCAGUUGAGAACGUUCAAGGCCAGGUUCAGGAGAUGAACCGAAAGAUCCACGACUCGUUUGCCACUCACUUCGAAGAGUUUCAGGAUGUGUGUCUUCCGGAUCGGGACGCAUGUCUCCAAAGCAUUCAGAAAGGUAUCGAGAGCUAUGACGAGCGGUUGAACAAGAACGUGGCAGCGUGCGAGAGCUUUGCAAAGCGGCAGGUCGAUCAACACAAACGCUGGGUCGAGAAGGAAAGGAAGCUGCUGGAGAGGCCUUUCCUGCGGGUGGAGGAUUGUUUCGGCAAAGGGCGCGUCGGGAUCAGUUUGACUUCGUGCGUGGGGAAUAUGGUAGGAAACGUGGUGAAAGCCUCAACGGACGGCCUCAAACGCUUCUCCGAAGCCAUGGGAACGGCUUCCAACAGCCUGGUGGACCGGUUGGGAAAGUUUCAGGAGUGCGUUGUCGACCGGCGAAAGCUUCUGGACCGAGGUCAAGAGCGAAUUGCCGACCGAGCCAAGCGCUGUCUGCGGAAACAACAGGACAAGGACGUUUUCGGCGGAGACGAAGACGCGGGAUUCGAGGACGAUGAGGGAGUGUUUUGAGAAGCUUUGAUUUGAUGCGAUAUCGUUUUGGGGAGGGAAAUAUACUUUCUGCUAGGACAUUAAAA